CGCAUGCUCAAACUCUACAAAAUUCAUUAAUCGUGACCAGCCGCCGGGAUGCCUCUGUGGUGAAUAGAAUACUAAACUUGUGUUAUGUCGUGGUUUAAGGAAGAGAGGAAGACCUCUUUCAUUAGAACGUUCUGUAAUAAUGUCAUCAAAGCCGGACAGAUUCCUAAACACGUCGCGAUCAUUAUGGACGGGAACAGAAGGUUUGCGAAGAAGGUGAAGUGCGAACGGUCAAAGGGACACGAGAAAGGCUUUGAGAAGUUUACUGAGGUGUUGGAAUGGUGUUUUGAUCUUGGAAUACCAGAAGUUACAGUUUAUGCAUUUAGUAUUGAGAACUUCAAACGAUCACAAGAGGAAGUUGAUGGACUUAUGGAGCUUGCCAGGCAAAAAUUUGAUAGAUUGAUGGAGGAGAAAGAAAUGAUUAUGAAGCAUGGAGUUUGUGUGCGAGCGCUUGGUGAUCUCACCAUGUUACCAGAAGAUUUACAAAGAUCAGUGGCAAGAGUUGUGAAAUUCUCCAAAAAUAACAUCAAAGCAACUUUGAAUGUGUGCUUAGCAUAUACAUCAAGACAUGAAAUUUCAAAUGCAGUAAAAUUAAUGGCUGAAGGUGUUGAACUUGGCUUAAUAAAAGCAAGUGACAUUAGUGAGUCUUUACUGGAGAAAUGUCUUUACACAUCACCCUCUCCACACCCUGAUAUGUUGAUAAGGACAUCAGGAGAGGUGCGGUUUAGUGAUUUCUUAUUAUGGCAGUGUUCAUAUUCCUCGUUGUCAUUUCUCAAAGUUUUAUGGCCUGAGUUUUCAGUGUGGGAUUUUUAUGGAGCCAUUCUCUCAUUCCAAUGGAAUUAUAAAGCAUUUAAGGAAGCUUCUGAGAGCUGUAAGACAAAGCAAUCACAAGCCGAGUUGGACUGGGAGCUACAAUGUGUGUUGGAUGAAAUGGCAGAAGAACCUGUUUCAGUCUCCAAUGGCAACAGUCAAGGGCCAAACACAAGAAUAGCAUGUGAACAGAAUGGUACCACAACUGAAGAAACACCAGCAACAAAUGGUUACCACAGGCCUCACACUAACAUACAUAAUGUUCAAGACCUAAUUAUCAAGCCUUAUAUUCAACAGAGACUAGAAGCUUAUAGAGAGUCCAAGCAGUCCAGGGUAGAUAGAUUUCUUGCACACUUGGACAACAGACAAGUUGAAUACCUUGAGAGAAUAUGCCCUAAAGUGAUGUGAAAGUAUAUUUGUUGUACAAAACCUCCCACACUCAGUACUUCAGAAUUUGAAAGUAGAGUAAAGUGGUUGUGUUUGGCCAUUCAUAAAGAAGGAAAGCAAUCAACCAAUCACCAGUAUGUUGAUGCAUUCAAUCAAUUAAUUUAGAACAGUGAUUUUUAUGUGGUUACAACAUUCUUUUAAUUAAAAAACAAAUUAACUCUAAAUUGCUCCAAAAGACCUGAGCAGUUUUCAGUUUGCACUAUGGAGUAAAGCUUUGAAAAUUGUGACACACCAUGUUAGGGAAGGCAAUCCAGGAUAUGUGAUUGGUCUAGAGACUAAUACCUCCUUCUCACCCACUCUGAUACAAAAUGAAAACAGGUUACUUCCCUUCAGCCUGCAUUUGAGGCAGUUUGCAUGCUUUACUUUUAAUUACUUUGACCAUGGUCAACACCAAGGUUUGGGUCUUAUGACAUUAAAUCAACUAAAGAGUGCGUUACAUUGAAAAGCGCGAGAUAGUUUAUCCAAAAAAAAAAUUAUUUUCUGCCAAAUUUUCCAAGCUGAGUAAACACACAUGCAUAUUUACAAACAAGCAAACCAACAAACAACCAAUCUGUGUUUAUUCUUAGGAUAACAACUCUUUCUGAGGAAGGGUUUUGAUGUAUUUUUAAAGAGGAAGGAAAAUUUGGGGGGUAAUAUAUUAGGAAACUGACACAGUAAAUGAAUCAUCUAUGUUCUCUGUUCUGAGGAAGAGGUUUAUACAGGAAAAGUUUCAUACAUUGUCAAGAAAGGAGUUUAUUUUAAGUUAAUUAAUAGUAACAAAUUAAAAACAAUACAAAUUUUUUUCAUUUUUUCUUGCCAUUUCAUUACAAUGGAAAUUGAAUUUAGGGGGCUCCAUAGGUGGGUAUUACAAAAUAAAACCAAUUGUUUACAUCA